AAGCCAAGGAAGGAGCGAAGAAGAUGAAGAAGAGGCAGACAGCGGACAGCGGACAGCCUACUGCUCUGUUCUCUAUGUUUAUAUAUAUAUAUAUAUAUAUAUACGCCUAACCCGCCCACCAAACACUUCUCCCUUCAAAAAGCAACGGAGACCUUAGCCCGAAGCUAAUUCCUUCUCCCCUCCUUGUUCUGUGCUCAAAGCCCGUUCCUUUCUCCUCUCAGCCAUGACUCUCGGCAGUGUUCCGUUGGCUACAAUGGACCUUCAAGUCGGGAGUGGGGGCAGGAGGAACCCCACGAUGAUAUGUGCCCCGUUAAUGGCGGAUUCGGUCGAUCAGAUGUUGAGUCUAGUGAGGAGCGCCAAAGACCAGGGCGCUGACUUGGUCGAGCUUCGGUUGGACUUCUUGAAGAGCUUCAGCCCCAGACAAGACCUCGAGACCCUUAUCCAGCAGAGCUCCUUGCCCACUCUUGUCACUUUCAGACCAAAAUGGGAAGGUGGACAAUAUGAAGGUGAUGAAAAAGCUCGACUUGACGCGUUGCGUCUAGCUGUGGAAUUAGGAUCUGCUUAUGUUGAUGUUGAGCUUAAGGUAGCCAAUGAGUUUUUCAACUCCGUAAAAGGGAAGAAGCCUGAAAAGGUUAAAGUGAUCGUUUCUUCUCACAAUUAUGAAAAGACUCCAUCUUCCGAGGAACUCGGCAACCUCGUUGCAAGAAUUCAGGCUACAGGAGCUGACAUUGUGAAGAUUGCUACAACUGCCACGGACAUCACUGACAAUGCACGGAUCUUUCAAGUACUCGCGCAUUCUCAAGUCCCAACAAUAGCAAUUGCUAUGGCUGACAGAGGUUACAUAUCAAGGAUACUUUCUGGGAAAUACGGAGCUUUCCUGACCUUUGGGACGCUUGAGGCAGGAGUGGAGUCUGCUCCUGGACAGCCCACUUUAAAGGAUUUAUUGGACCUCUAUAACUUCCGACAAAUUGGUUCUGAUACCAAAGUCCAUGGUGUUAUUGGAAACCCGAUUGGCCACAGCAAAAGUCCUCAUUUAUACAACUCAGCAUUUAAAUCAGUCAACUUCAAUGGGAUCUACCUACCUUUGUUGGUUGAUAAUGUUGCAAAUUUCAUAAGCACAUUCUCUUCUCCAGAUUUUGUCGGAUACAGUUACACUAUUCCUCACAAGGAAGCAGGACUUAAAUGCUGUGACGAGGUCGACCCAAUUGCACAGGCUAUAGGAGCUAUUAGCUGCAUGACCAGAAGGCCGGAUGGAUCGAUGAUGGGGUACAAUGUCGACUACCUCGGGGCCAUAGCAGCUAUUGAGGAAGCACUCCGAGCCCGGGAAGGUACAAAUGGAGCUGCUUCGCCCUUAGCUGGUAAACUCUUCGUUGUCAUUGGCGCUGGUGGAGCUGGAAAGGCACUUGCUUAUGGUGGUUACGAGAAGGGCGCAAGAGUCAUGGUCGCAAACAGGACAUAUGACAAAGCAAAAGAACUUGCUAGCAAAGUCGGAGGGAAAGCCAUUACCCUUGAAGAACUCGAGAAUUUCCACCCAGAAGAGGGGAUGAUCCUUGCCAACACCACAUCUGUUGGGAUGAAACCGAACAUUGAUAGGACACCCUUAGCUAAGAAAGCUUUGAGCCACUAUUCUCUGGUUUUUGAUGCAAUCUACACCCCGAAAUUGACCCGACUCCUGAGGGAAGCUCAAGAGUGUGGAGCCACCCCUGUGUACGGAACCGAGAUGUUCAUCAACCAGGCCUUUGUACAGUUUGAGAGGUUUACAGGGAUGCCAGCACCGAAGCAACUGAUUAGGGACACAUUGGCGAAAAACACAUGAAAAGAUUUUUUUUCCUCUUGGGCAAGUCUAGGAAGCAGCAAGCAUGUCUCUUUCAGGCGAAUUCCAAGUUUCACAUUCCGAGCCGUCUACUUAUUAUGUUGUAACAAUAAGCUUUCGCUGUAAUCCCGAUCACUUACCAGGAUUUUGAGUUAUAUUAAGAAAUGAUGGUUUCCUCUUUUACUGUACUUCUUUGAUUCAUCUGCAGAAGGAAAAGUUGCUCCAUCAA